AUGCCGGCCACGAAAACGGUGUCGAGGUGCACACCGGUGAAAGUGGAGGACAGUUACGUGUUCGAGAUCUGCGGGUACAGCCAUCACAAGGGCAUGGGCAUCGGCAAGGUCAUCCGGUCCGGCUCCUUUUCCGUCGGGGGCCAUGAGUGGGAAAUCCGCUUCUAUCCUGAUGGUGAUGGGCAACACAACGAAGAUCACAUGGCAAUUUACCUGGAGCUGUUGAGCAAGGACGCCAGGGUGCACGCAUCCUGCGACCUCAGGCUGGUCGACGGCGAAGGGUUGAUGUGUUUCGUGCACAAGACAGAGCCGAGGAUGUUCUGCCAAAACAUGGAGAGCAGGUUUGCUCCACCCAUCGGCACUCAUUUCAUAAAAAGGGGCGAGUUCGAAGCAUCGGUGUACCUUCACGAAGACGGCCUCAAGAUCAACUGCGCCAUCACAGUCAUCAAACCUCGGGUCUCUGAAAUAAAACCACCCCCUAGAAUCGAGGUGCCGCCUUCGGACAUCAUAUCGCAUCUCGGCAGGCUGUUAGAAGCAAAGGAGAAGGCAGAUGUCACAUUCAGUGUAGCAGGAGAGACUUUCAUGGCACACAAGACCAUCCUCGCCAUGCGGUCGCCUGUGUUUGAAGCGGAGCUCUAUGGGCCGAUGAGGGAGACGAGGGCACAGCUCGUAACCAUCGAAGAGAUGCAGCCUGAUGUCUUCAAGGCACUCCUCUAUUUCAUCUAUAAUGAUGCAUUGCCAGCUGCUUUUGAUGAUCUUGAUUGGGAAGGUCAUAUUGAAAUGGCUCGGCACUUGCUCGUGGCCGCGGAUCGAUAUGCCAUGGAGAGGCUAAAGCUGUUAUGUCAAAGCCUCCUUUGCGAGGAUAUUAACGUGCAGACCGUGGCAACCACGUUGGGCUUGGCUGAUCAACAUCACUGCGACGGGCUUAAGGAUGCUUGCAUUGAAUUUAUGUCCACUUCAUAG